CUGAGCCAUGAGUAUGGUUGGAAAUUGAAAGUGAACAGGAAGGGAAGUACGCAUUUCUGUUCGAAGUACAGUGGCUUCCACAAGAGUUGAGAUGUGGUCUGAGGGAUGGUGUGACUACAAGCGAUUUCCAGGAAAACAAGCACAGAGAUGGUAUGAGUACAAGCGACUUCCAGGAAAACAAGCGGUGGGAUGGUGUGACUACAAGAGACUUCCAGGAAAACAAGCGCAGGGAUGGUAUGACUACAAGAGACUUCCAGGAAAACAAGUGCUUCCUUGGAGCCAUCCCAGUGAUGGCAACCAUAGAUUAAUUAAUGUGCCAAAGAGACCGCCUCUGGGAGACAAGAGAUCUUCUCUGCUAGCCAGACCCAACGAAGCAGGCUACGGUAGAUACUACUGGCACGUUGAUUGCCAAGAAUGGGACGAGGGCCGUUGUUUUACUCAGGAUCCAAGAAGAGCCCCACCCUACAAAAGAGGCCAUUAUGGCUACCAAUGGUUAAGAGAGGAGUAUUCCACAAGCCAACAGCCUCAAUACAGGGCCAUGAGAAACGACUUUAGAAGAAAACGUUUCUAUUCUUCCCAUUAUUCAAGACAACACUCUCACCAUAAACGGGGCACUCCUUUUUUGAGAGAAUCACGUGUGGGCGGGAAGGACUCCCUACACAGCAGAUUUGGAUCCAAUCUCAGCAGUAGAAGCAGGAUGCGCUCCUUCCACCAGUCUCAACGUAGAUGUAAAGAGAGAGCUAUCCAGUUUUUGAAAACAUCAAGAGAUACUGUGCCCUCAAGUUCUUCAUCCAAGGUGUUAAAAAGCCCCAGCCGGCUGACUGAGAAGGAACAGGCUGAUGCUGCAAGCAAGAGGGCUAAUGAAAAUCCCAAGAAGUCAGAAGAAAAUAACUUGGCUGAAAUUUCCGAGUUUGAGACGGGAUCCAAGGCACCAUUACGUAUCAACCAGACAGAAGAACCCGAGUCAAACACAACAGCUGGCCCAGAAUUGUGUGAAGACAGCCAGCUUAGCAUUCGCUCAAAAGCGAUUGCAUCAAAAAUCACUGAGAUUGAGAAGGUUUACCGACAAGUCUGUGAAAUUUUCGGGAUGGUGGUGGAAAGGCUGGUUGAAAAGGAUCAUUCAUUAGAAAAAUCUAUACAGUUUGCAAUGAAGCAGAGUUUGCAUGAAAUAGGUGAGCAACGUGUUGAAGAACUCAAGCAUUUCAUUAUGGAGUAUGAUAAUUCUACUCCAGAUUUUGGAGACCCUUUUUAGGAGAAUUAGGGCUCGGUUCAAAAAAUUUUGUGAAAGCUUCUAGAUUUUUCCCUUUGGAUUUUUUGCUCAGCCUUGAUGCAUGGGGGUGAAGCUUGGUCCUGCCUCAACUGAAU